AACACCGUUGUCAUUUAGACUAGGGAAACAUUGUCAGUAACACCGCCCAUCAUAUAUUACGAACAUAAUGCUGUUUAUGUGAAUGUUUCAUAUGUAGUGAUUACUCUUAUAAAAUCAUAUAAGCACUGUCCCUCCAAAUCGAUGAACCAUAAUAGAUUAUUUUCACAUUUCUCAGUUUGUUAAGAAUUCCUCGAAAAUCAAUAUGGAUGACGUUAAUCACUUGGACACUUUAAACACAACAGAUUCAGUUACACAGACACACAGCGAUGGGAAGACUUUACGUAGUGAAACAUUUACUAAACAAACAUCAUUACACGGAAAUGUUAGUGAAUAUAGUUGUGAGAUAUGUAGGAAAACAUUCUCCUCGGAACAAGAAGUCUUCGCACACAAAGAAAUACACAAUAAGGAAAAGCCAUACCAAUGUGAAAUAUGUGGAAAAUAUUUUGUCAAUAACAGUUGUUUGACGAGGCAUAAAAGACUACAUACUGGGGAAAAACCUUACUAUUGUGAAAUAUGUGGGGAAUCUUUUAUUCAGAAUUCGUGUCUUGUUGCCCACAAACGUAGUCAUACUGGAGAAAAUCCGUUUCAGUGUGAAAUAUGCGGGAAAUCUUUUCUGGAUAAUAGUAAAUUAACAACACAUAAACGAAUUCACACGGGAGAGAAACCGUUUCGCUGUGACGUGUGUGGAAAAUCUUUCACUCAGAAUUCUCAUCUUGUGGUUCAUAAAAUAAUUCACACGGGGGAAAAACUCUAUCAGUGUGAAAUAUGCGGGAAGUCAUUUGUGUCUAACAGUAACUUGACAAUGCACAAAAUAAUACACUCGGGGGAAAAACCGUUCCACUGUGAAAUCUGUGGGGCAUCUUUCACUCAGAAUUCUCAUCUUGUUAUUCACAUACGUAGUCAUACCGGCGAGAAGCUGUUUCACUGUGAAAUCUGUGGGAAAUCAUUUAUAAAUAACAAUCACUUAAAAAGGCAUAAACGAAUACAUACAGGUGAAAAACCUUACCCCUGUGAAAUCUGCGGAAAAUCCUUUGUUGAUAAUAGCGAUUUAACAAAACACAAACGAAUUCACACGGGAGAAAAACCGUUCAGUUGUGAAAUAUGCAGGAAAUCCUUCACUAAUAAUUCGAAACUUGUUAUCCACAAACGUAGUCAUACUGGGGAAAAGCCUUUCCGCUGUGAAAUAUGCGGGAAAUCUUUCAUUGAAAAUUUUAAGCUUACAAUCCACAAACGUAGCCACACUGGGGAAAAACCCUACCACUGUAAAAUGUGUGAGAAAUCUUUUGUAUCUAAUGAUUACUUAAAAAGGCACGAACAGAUGCACAUUGGUAGGAAAACUUUAAAUUGAGAAACAUGAGAAUGUUUUCUCUUGUAAGUGUUAAAACUCAAAGUUUACAAACAUUCAGCAUCUAUCUAUCUAUCUAUCAUGGUGAAUGAAUAUGUCGGAAUUCAUUCUCUUUGAAUUCUCAUAUUGCUGCCUACAAUUUUGUUAUCGCUUGAGAAAAACUUUUGGCGAUCCUUCGGUAUAUGUUCCGUAAGUACUGGAAGUGGCUUUGUUUACAUUUCUGAAGAUAACAGAAACCCUUUCCUCUCACCCCUAACCCCCCAUAUAUAUAUAUAUAUAUAUAUAUAAAACACUUUCUUGAAAUGUAUCCGGUACUUCCGGGUAGUAUACCGAAGUUACGCCGAUAUAUGUUUAUUAUAAAACACAUCUCGAUUUGAAGAGGUAGUUUGCCUAAGGAACGAAUUAUUUUCGGCGGUUUUGGUAGUUAGGUUCACUCAAAAUAUAUAAAAAAACCAUAGCAAAAACAAAUUUCAUCUUCAAAGCAAGACAGGUGUUUUAGUAAAAAUUUACCGAAAAAAAAAAUAAUAAGUACAGCAAUUUAAAAUAUGUAGGGAAUCAUUCAGUGUUAAAUAAUUUUACACUUGUAAUCUACUGCUGAAUACAAACACAAACACAUUUUCAGUAGAAAUUGUAUUAAAAUUAUUUGCUGGAACUCAAUCUUUGAGUUCUAGUCUUGUAAUCCACAGCUAUAUAACUAGAGCUUCUUACAGAAACACAAUCUCAUUAAUCACGACUGGAAAACAGGGGUAAUGCCUUGUAAAUGUGAAAUUUGUGGAGAAUUAGUCUCUCCAAAAGCCUUGUCAUACGUGAAUAUAUACAGAAGGAAAAUAUUGAGAACAUUUUCUAUGAAUAGAGGUAAAGAAGACAACUUAAGAAAUAUUUUUGAUAUAAAAUUGUGACAAAAUUUACACAUUAAUAUGUUUAUUAAAAUCUGAUAAUUAUAA